AUGCCGUGCGCCGAUGGAGAGUUGCGCAAACAGCCGGAUGUGGAACUGCGGGCAUCCCAGGGGCAUGCUUGCCAUGGUAGCUUCGGUGUACUCCUGCACCUGAUGUGUGGGGAGGUGGAGGUUCUCGAUGGCAUCGAGAUGCACCGCACCUGCCACGAGUGUGCAUCUAAGAACGUGCAGGCUUCCCCACCCGUCUCGAAUUCACUGAACGAAAAAGAGAAAUGCAGGUAGAUGGGGCUGGAGAAGUUGGCGGUGCGGGGGGUGGUGAAGUGAUGGCGCCGCCGCCCUACUUGGAGCUGUCGCAGCAUUUUGGAUCGCUUCAAGAGUGUGAGGAGUCGUGGACUAAGCGAGGCAGCGUACCAUCUUGGGCAAGGCAAUGAUGCUGUUCAUCGAAGCACACUCCGCGAAACUAGCGCGACAGAUGGACAUCAGAGACAUGCUGAGUUAAACAUGAUCGGUAACACGCGACAGAAGCAGAAUGAAGUCACUAGCAGCGCGAGGGUCUUUGCCACUUGGGCGUUCACGAACUCUCUCCGUGCCAUGCAGGGGUGUUUUAUUAUUGUGUUAUGGGGGACGAUGCCAUAACGUCUUCC